ACUUUCGACAGUAGCGCGGAAGAUUUCUGAGGGAAUAGUUGUGUAAACAUUGUUAGUUCAACAGAACUUUUGUGAUCGUAAAAACUUUGUGUUUGUUUUAUUAUAUGUAAUUAGUCUAUACCUGGCUAAUUUUACUGAUUCAUGCCGCGCAUUCGGAACAACAUCCAGAUGGCACGAAAGAAAGCAGUGCAUAAUUUAUGGUUUUAAAAAAAGAAACAUUCAAAAAAGGAAUGUUUUCAAAAAAGGAAUGUCAUUCAUGUUGUGAUGUGUACAUGUGUGGGUUUUGAGUGAUGUGCCAGUGAUUUGUCGAUAAAAUGGAUGUGAAUACGACGCUUGCGACGAUAUACCCGCGCGAUGCGACGAUCAUGGCGGCGGUUUGCGCGUGCAUUUUUAGUGUGGUUGGAGUUAUCGGCAACCUGAUAACCACAGUAGCACUACUGAUGCACCCGAAGCUGCGCGGCCACGUGACCACAAUGUUCGUGCUUUCCCUGUGCGUCUCUGACUUGCUCUUCUGCAGUAUCAACCUGCCACUGACGGCCAGUCGGUACAUCAAACAAGAAUGGGUGUUGGGACCGAGACUCUGCCAAAUGUUCGCUUUUGUCUUCUAUGGAAAUGAAGCGGUAUCACUACUAUCUAUGGUCGCUAUCACAAUCAACAGAUAUACGCUGAUAGCAUACUACGAUAUGUACUCACAAAUCUACACCACAACGAAGAUAUGGAUACAGCUCAUCAUGAUAUGGCUGGUCUCCUUUGGUCUUAUGGUGCCACCUCUGCUCGGCGUGUGGGGCCAGCUCGGGUUAGACGAAAAUACGUUCUCGUGCACGAUACUCCCGAAAGACGGGCGGAGUCCCAAAAAGUAUCUCUUCGUGUUCGGCUUUGCGCUACCCUGCCUCGUGAUUAUUGUAUCCUAUUCGUGUAUCUACUGGCGAGUGAGAGAGAGCAAGCGGAAGCUGGAAGGACGGAGGUGUGUAUGUGGCAAACUAAGCGGCCAAACAGCGAAAGAAAAAGAGGAAGACUCCCGCCUUACAACUCUAAUGUUAACAAUAUUCUUGUGUUUCCUUGCUUGCUUCCUCCCCCUCAUGAUUAUGAACGUAGCCGAUGAUAGCAUUCGAUACCCUUGGCUGCACGUAAUAGCGUCCAUUUUGGCUUGGGCGUCCAGCGUCAUGAAUCCAUUGAUAUAUGCCGCAACAAAUAGACAAUAUAGAGCCGCGUAUGGAAAUCUAUUGAAAAUGUGCAAAAACAAUCCGGUAGCGCGGAAAACGACGUGGGGCAGUCGGACUGUGGGCCACUCGUCUAAUUCGCCGCAUUACAUCGAAAAACGAAACGCGGUUAAGGAAAAACCAACGAAAUUAUAAUGUUUUGAGGUUAUGUCAAAAGUGACGUUUACCAAAUAUCAGUGUAGACUGUGGGUUUUUUUGAACUAUAAAUGUGGCAAGAAUGUAAAUUUAAAAAAAGGGAGCCUAUUUUUUUAAACGGUCAUUUUGCGAAAUGAAAUGUCAUAAUUACAAUUAACUUGUGCUAGCGAUGCUGUAUUGAAACGUUAAUUUUUAUAAUUGAAAAAAGAAAUAUGCCUCCUAUUUUGAAAUCAUGUGUUUUCGGACAUUGCUCAGCUGGUGUUUGUGAAAUGUAAAUAUAUGUAUCAUAUAAUCACUGUAAUUUAAUUUGUAAAUAUUAAUAUAUAAUCGUAAACGCACCAAAGUUUGUAAGUUAUUUAAUUUAUAUUCAAUUUAUUGGGGUUUGUAUAAUCUAUGUAAUUAGCAUUGAUCUGUUAUAAGAUUUUAGAGUAAGUUAUUUAGUGUAAGUGUCGCUUAAGAUAUUUUACUGGCAUUUUGAAAAUAAAUAAAAAUCGUAGAAAAAUUAUGUACCUUAAUUGUUUAAAAAAAUGAUUAUUAUAUUGAUUAUUAUUAUACAACUCUUUAAAAAUUAAGAAAAAUACAAUACAAACUGAUUAGAAUAGAAUGUACAAAGAUGAUAUCAUUGCAUUUUUUUAUACAUUCCUUAAAUUAGCAUAGUUUGAUUUUAUUCGUACGUUCAGAAAUCAGGGACUUUUAAUUAAUUUUAAAAGUGGUUAAAUCAUAAUAUUAAUCCUUAUGCUUUGUAUCGCUGGUACAGUAAAAUAUUAUCUGUAAUAUCGCUGUCAAGAUACAACCUUUUUCAAUUCUGUUAAGAAGUCUUUAAUUUCUUCCCAAAAUAAGUUAAAUUUAUAAAGAAAUAAUACUUUGUAUUUCCGUAUAUAUUUUAUAAACAUUAUCUUGUAACUGUAAACUCCAAAAAUGGGAUCAUAACUAA